AUGUCGAAUCGGCUUUCUCGGGACACUCAUGAAUUGCCAUUGAUUAACGAGGGCGAGACGCGCCCUCAAAGCCCGGAUCCAGACAAGAGAGGUCGACUUUACAGAUGGUAUACUGGGUGGAGGUUUACCCUUUUCCUGGCAGCAGCCGCCUGCAUCAUCGUCCUCUCGUUUAACCUUGGGUUUUUGCUAUGGGCAGUUGCGAGGCAUCAUGUCGAAGGCGACCGCGGGACCCUGUAUGAAGGCGACUGCGAUCGAGUGAAACAACUGAGCACAGGGCUACACCUCCUGAUCAAUAUACUUAGCACCACUCUCCUAGCUGCUAGCAACUACACCAUGCAAUGCCUGUGUGCUCCCACCAGGAAGGAUAUUGAUAAGGCACAUGAACAAGGAAAUUGGCUUGAUACUGGUGUGCCCAGCGUUCGAAAUCUUUUCUACUUAUCCAAGCGGCGGUCGAUUAUGUGGAUAUGCCUCGCCCUCUCCUCAACUCCUUUGCACCUCAUGUAUAACUCAACAAUCUUUUCGGCUACUGGAGCCUAUCCGUACGGUGUAUUUGCCGGCCACUACUCUCUUGAAACCAAGAAUAUAGACGACCUUGUGGUAUCCCAACAGAGCGCUGCAGAAGCCGCUGCUUUUGAGAGGCUUUACCAAGCAGCAAAAGACAAAACACUUGAGAUAAUGGAUAACGUCAAGUGCAUUAAUGCCUACGCAACGACGUAUCAAUCGAAACACGGCGAUUUACUGCUCAUUACAGAGGAUGUAAAUACGACCAACCACUACGACUCGAUUGGCAUCCAGGAGGUAUAUGACCCCUUUAUUUCAGCCAGCCCAUACAGCUGGAUUUGUCCGUCGAAUCGGUAUAACUGCCCCAGCUUGAUACCCGACAUCAAGUCUCGGGCGGAGAACGACAACUGGACUGUUGUUGUGGACCAAAAGUGGUUGCCGGUUCCAGAACCAGCCCAUAGUCGGCGUGUGGACUUCUGUCUCAGCGUGAAGUUGCGCGAGACCUGCAAGCUGCAGUAUUCGCUGCCGCUGACGAUCAGUGUUAUCGUCGUCAAUGCUUUUAAACUAACUAUCAUCUGCUGUAUAAUCAUCAGUAUGGCGGAAUGGCCUAUCCUGACUACUGGUGACGCCAUCGCCUCCUUUCUGCGCCAACCCGACAAAUAUACCCUCGGCCAGUGCUUGGUGCCCAGAUGGGGCUUGAAGAAGGCUCCUCAUCGACUCGGAGACUCAACUACGGAUGGCAUGUCUAGGCCGAAUUACGACUCUCGGCCAUACUCGGAGAAACAAAGGAGGAAAGCAUACGCGGUCUCUGGCCGUGUAUGGGUAAUGCUUUUCCUUUCGUACGUACCCUUUGCUCUGCGAGACAUGUGA